AUGAAUCACGGCCCUCAUGCGUUGGUGCCGAGACAUCGACUCAACGCAACAUUCUUAGACCACGAAGAAUGGUUGGUUUCUAUGGCACACGAUCUACUAGCUAUGCCCAUCUGCGAGGAUGUCGAGCUUCGCGAUGCCCAUCAGGAACUACUCGAAUACGUGCAUCGGGAAAUGGACGUCCUGGAGCGGGUAAAGAUGGAUCAAUGGAACAAGCAAAGGGAUGUCUCGGCCAUGCGACCCGACCCUGCACGUCGCAACACUCACUGGAUGGCUCGAUUUCUAUCACGUCCAGACAUAGAGCCAAUGCUUGACUCUAGGAGGGAGCAGACUGUAUCGCAGCUCCCAGACGUUCAGUCAGACGUGUGGGAUGCCCCCAUGUUCCACGAGUUCAAGGAUGCAGCAGGCGGAGCGUUCAUCAAGGGCCCAAAAGAGGAGGGAAGAUACCUAUUCAGUCUCUCAGUUGACGGCUUCAAUCCGUUUCAGGCGAAGGAGGCUAAGCAAAGUGUCACAGUCACCGGCAUCUAUAUGGUCUGUCUUAACCUUCCACCGCAUAUCCGUUACUUGCCGGAGAAUACAUACCUUGUCGGCAUCAUUCCU